GGUCUGACGUGAUCGUAUAUUGUUGUGCAGGACAUUAGAUAAUAGAAGAGACUGUGCCCAGCCGCUGCCCCCGGCCUCCUCCUCCACAUCCCCCGCCUCACACAGAGGAGGAGCCAUCUUCCCCGCCGAGUGCUAGGCCUUCCCUUCAUCCAUUGUAUAUAACAGUACUGGAUGUUUAUAGAUUACCCGUCCUAGCAGGUCUUCGGCAAGACGAGGUGCUGGCACCAGGGGGCGCACAUCGGAAGCGGGCAUCUGACCUGGCAAUGGAGAGGUGAGCAGUGCCUGGUGCCCGUAUGUACAGCUGGUCCUUGGCUACUGCAGAGGUGGGAACACAUAGAGGACUGGCAUUUCGGAAGUCGGCUGUGCCAGUGGCAUUCAUCAUUACACCCAGCCUAGGGAAAGAUGGCAUUAGAGGAACAUGCCCAGGUGAUCUAAACUAUCACAAGUUAGCCAGGCCAGGAAUAUAAUAUGGAAGUUGAAGUAUCUACAAAAACAUGUGGUGUACCCUCUACAGGUUCCAGAUCUGUUUUGUUCUCAUCUUCUUGUUGGUGGUGCUGGUGUUGGUUAGUAACAUCCAUCUGGUAGAGCAUCUAAAUCAUAGGAUGGGUCUAGAGCCAGGAUGGACAGAAGUACACAGUGAUACAGCUCAUUCUCUAUCCCCAGUAAACAGGAAUCAUCAUUGUGAUUAUCGCCUUCAAAUUCUGUCCAAAUCGGAGUAUGAAGAACAGAAAUCUCUACUGAAAAUUCUGGAAUGGCCUGGGCCACUGCAUGAGACUGAGUUUAUGAAAAGCUCCGAUGCUGCUCAUAGUCAUUUUGUCAUCUUGCAGUCUCAGUCAUCAUUUAAGGUGGGGGAUGUAGUGGAAGUGCUAGUGAGAAUGCACGAUUUUGAAGGAAAUCCAAAGCCCUAUGGAGGAGACUACUUGCAAGCAAAAAUCCAUUCUCCUUUCUUGAAAGCUGGUGCAGUGGGAAAAGUCUUGGACCAUCAGAAUGGAUUCUAUAGUGUGUACUUUACAUUACUUUGGCCUGGUAGGGUGACUGUUUCAGUGAUUCUGGUUCAUCCGAGUGAAGGGAUUCAGGUCCUUCAAAGAUUACGUGAAGACAAACCAGACAGAGUUUACUUUAAAAGUCUCUUCCGUUCAGGUGACUUUUCUGAAACUACAAUGUGCAAUGUUUGUCUGCCUAAGAAGCAACCAUCAUGCAAUUACACUGAUCUUAAGACUGGAGAACCUUGGUUCUGCUACAAGCCUGAAAAGUUAUCUUGCUCAAGUCGUGUAAAUCAUGCAAAAGGAGGUUAUAUGAAAAAUCUUUUGAAUUUCCAUGAUAACAUGUUUUUUCAAAGUGGUGUAAACAUUAAAGUACCCAUCCUGGCAAGGGGCCCCGAUGCAGUGAUGGUACAUCCCUGGAAAGUGAAAGAGAAAUAUUUUCUUCCCAGCUCUAAGUUUCUCCCAUCGGGGUAUUACUAUAGAGAUCAGUGGAUUUCUGGGAGCUCCAUACUAUGGCAGUUCGACAAGUCUUCUGAUAUCACGGAUUGUUUACAGGGGAAGGUGGUGCAUUUGUUUGGAGAUUCUACAAUAAGACAGUGGUUUGAGUAUCUCACAGAUGUUGUACCAGACCUAAAGCCAUUUGACCUGGGGAGCCCUAAGAAUGUUGGUCCAUUCUUGUCUAUUGAUAUUGAACAUAAUAUAAUGCUGAAAUUCCGGUGUCACGGGCCGCCUAUUCGCUUUUCAACAGUGUCAAGCAAUGAGCUGCGUUACAUUGCCAAUGAAUUGGAUGGUAUAGUGGGAGGAAAGAACACUGUGGUAGCCAUAACCAUCUGGUCUCACUUCAGCACCUUUCCAGUGGAAGUGUACAUAAGACGCCUAAGGAACAUACGAGCUGCUCUUCUUCGCUUACUGGAACGUAGUCCAAACACAGCAGUUAUCAUUCGCUCUGCCAAUGUCCAGGAACUUGGACCUGAAGUGAGUCUCUUUAAUAGUGACUGGUAUUCACUGCAACUAGACACUGUAAUGAGGGCUAUGUUUUCUGGACUUCAUAUUAAAAUAGUGGAUGCUUGGGAGAUGUCACUUGCACACUAUUUACCACAUGCAUUACAUCCUGACCGCAUCAUUGUAAAGAAUCAGAUAGAUGAGUUUUUGUCAUUUGUUUGUCCUAACUGAAUAUUUUUUGUUUUUUAGGUUUAUUAUUUCAUAUUGUUUUUGGCAGUAAAUUAAUUUGUAUCUAAAGAAAGGAACCCCUGGAGUAAUCUUCCAGUGCUAUAGUGUUAUUUACCUGUAGUUUGGGCUGCUAUCCACUCAUUUGCACUGUUUUGUUCCUUGGAAUUGUCUCGGUUUGUGACUCUAGUAGUGAAAAACGACCUUUCUUAUCUUAUCUUUUUUUAUUAUGAAAGAGAGCUGCAUGUUAUACAUACAGGGUGUGAUGCAGGCCUUUGAUAGCGCAAACUAGACUAUUUGCUGUUUUUAUGUUGUUGUUUUUUUACAUAAUCAGUCCCAAUCUUCUAUAAUCUUAUACUUUAAUAUCUGAGAAUGCCCUUAAUUUUAAAGCCAGGGGUGAAAAGUGAUUAUGCUUCCAUCAGAAACAUCUGUUGUGGAACUGUGGCGGACAUCUGAGGUAAACCCACAGCUUGUCAAUUUUUAUGCAGCAGAUUUUGCUGUGGUUCUGAUUAUGGGUUAGCCCCAUUCAAUGCUCCUAAUUCCUGCUCUGGCUCAUCGAUCCGGUAUCCACAGGUUGUUCUAAAGUUAUGUUGUGCUGCUCUUUUACUUUAUGCUGGAUGCUUUUAAAUAAACAGCAGUAGGAGUCCUCCAUAUUACGGUGGUAGCAGGAUGAAUAUCCUCCCCUAGCAGGUUAACAGUUUCAGCUGUGUCCUCCUGUAGCAACUUAACCUAUUACUAUCAGUUGUGUGCUUUUCCUUUAGCUGGACUUGGGCUUAGGCUGGGUCCACACUACGUUUUGUCCCAUACGGGAGCGCA